AUGGCCGUGUACACGAUUCAGCGCGACUUGCCAUGGCAAGAGCCGCGUCCACAAUCUCAUGUUCGCAGUUCAUACACCACCACUACCACCUCUCACUACAGCGAAGAUGAAGAUUCAGAGAUCGCAGAAAUCCCGCCUCUGCGGGUGAACAAGCCACAGAUCAAGCAGGCCCGCCAUUCACGACUCCCAAUCCUCAAGCAGGUCCGGUCAAUCAUCAACAAGGCGCCUCUGGCGAACUCGGUGCAGAAUGACCGGGAUCUCGAGUCAGCAAGACAAGCCUUUCGUGCGGCAUAUGAGACCCCGACAUAUCGUUCGUCUGAAGUGCCAAGCGCUCCACGGAGUGAGUCGCCCGUCUCAGUCCUGCACGACGACGACUUAUAUCCGUCAAGCCCGCCUCAGCUCGACUAUGUCUCAGUCUCGCCCGUCUCACCCAUUGCUGCUUCUGCGUCGCGUCAACCCGCCCGCGAACACAAGAUGGGACCACUCCAGGUCCAUGUGCCGGCAAUGCCCAGGACACCGGCUCCGUUCGUCGUCAAACGUAAGCCGGCUCCUGCUCGAAUCUACACUUCUCCCCCCGACUAUCCCAGCUCGCCACCUUCAAACGAUUACGAGUCGCACGACUUCGUCAUCAAGGGCAGUCACUUCAGCUGGACUACUGGCGUACCAUCUCCAACAUCUCUACGGCCAUCGUACGACGUCAGGUGUUCCAUCAACUCAUACCAGACGUCGGRUCAUCACUCCCUGCCAGAGUACGACCCGAUCCCCGACAGUCGCUUCAGCUGGACCACCGUGGGUAGUUCAUUGCGUCAGCCGUCGUUGCAUCAGCCAUCCCACGUCGAAUCACCGCCACCAAGCCCACCUCCGCCAAUUCCGACCAAGUACACAACUCCGCCAGUCAGGUCAAUCUUAUCCCGACAUCGCCCCGUCCAGCGUAUGGAUUACGAACAACGGGCUCCGCCGCGGAAAGUGCCUGGAGCUGUGUCCAUCCUACCCAUUACUGCAAAGCCCAAGCUCAUCGUGAUCAGUCCGCCGAGGUCUCGCGACGCGUCUCGCAACAGGUCUCCUAAGAGGUCGCCUGAAACCGGUACUGCGAAGAAGCUGCCGCCGCCCCCCGACCUUUCGCAGCGGACACAUCUGGAAAGCUUGCAGAGGGCAGAGGAGGACAAGAUUCACCAGCGAGGUAACAUUCAGCGCGUCAUCGCCGAGCUCUCCAAGGUUGAGAAUGCUAGUCCCAUGGAAGUGCCCUUCUCACACGUUCGAGAUGCGAAGCGGAGACUGAUUGAGCUGCACGCUCUGCUGAGUGAGAUUGAGCUGGAGGAGCGCGAGAUCGGCAUUGCCAUCUCGAGAGCCCGCAGAAAGGAGGGCGAGGAAGAGGGACUSUGGGUCCGACGUGUGACAGGUUGA